AUUUUUUUUGCCAACUUAAUAUAACGAAACAGAACCAAAAAGAGUACUCUUGUUUAUAUCUUGAUAAAUAUCGUACAUGGUUGAUCGUGCAUCUGCAGAUAAUUUCGAAGUUACAAGUUCAAACAUUUCUUGUUAAUUCGAUUUAACGAGAUAAAUUCAAUGAAAAAUGGACUACUCUUAGUUCAUUUGUAUCUCAAAAGAUAGAUAAUAAAAUCACUGAAAAGAUUUGAUAAAAAUUUAGACAUUUGACUAAGCAAUUGUCAAUUAUAAGCUUUUUAAAUACGUGAAGGAUAUAUUUUUUAAAAAGUUGAAAUUGGUAAGAAUGUAGGUUAAAUAUAUUCCCGCCGAAAUAGAAUACUUCCGUUUAAACAUGGCUAUUCGUUUACAUAUGAGUUGUGAUUUAUCCGAGGAGAAACAGAGGAUACUGCAUUUAAUGCCAUGCAAAAUUUGUGGUGAUAAAUCUGCCAAUGUUUCUACUUAUUUUACACCUUAUAUUUGUAAAAGAGAUGAUGAAGUUUACACCUCUUCCUUUCGUGGACGUCCGCUUUAUGGAAAAAAGAUAACAAUUCCUCCUGGAUAUAAAGGUAUUAUAUUUGUUGAACACAAAAAAUCAGAAAUAGAAAAUGUUAAACGUAAUUUGUAUGUCACGGGUACUUUUCCGCAUUUCACCUACUGGAAUUAUGAUAAGUUGCCAACAAAAAAUGAUGCAUUAGCAGCUGCUAUGGAUUGGAUUGAUAUUGCCGAAGCACUACAUUCUACAGAAUCAUAACUAAAAAUGAAACUUAACAUUAUAUGAAAAAUACUGUUAUACAUUCAGUGGAUUAUGAAGAUUGUUCUAUUUUGAUAUAAAGAUAAAAAUAAAUAUAUUUUGCAUAUUUUAUGUACGUUAUAGUUUAUUAACCAUGUUUUAUAUCAUGAGCAUAUCUUUUUGUCAUACAUAACAGACAUCUUAUAAUCCCAUAUAAUGUGAACAAGCAAUGACUUUUGGUUUAAUUAGGAAAGCUGUUUCAAAAAUGUGCAGUCUUUUACAAGAUAAAUAGUAUAUUUGUAAUUUAUUUUCUUAUUUUUAUAAAUAUAUAAAAGUUGCAAUGAGAGAAAAUGAAAGCAUUUACUACAUCUUUGUUAGCAGAGAUCUUUUCUU